CUCUGGGUCCAAAUUUCCCCUUUUAUAAGGACACCAGUCAUUAGAUUAGGGCCCACCCUAAUGACUGCAUGUUAACUUGACUACCUCUGUUGAGAUCGUAUUUCAAAAUAGGGGCAUAUUCUGAGGCCCUGGGGGUUAGGACGUCUGUGUACAUUUGGGGUAGUUCAACCCCUAACGCCUUCCUUGUUAGGACUGAAUGUGGUAAUGCACGUAAAGCUCUGAGCAUUGUGCUUGGCUGGCACUCGAUAAAAUCUCCAUAAACUGCUGCCAAAAGAAAAAGUCGAGCACCUGGAAUAAGGUGCUUGGUGUCCAUUAUGUGCCAGGCACAGUUUGGUUGCUCAGCAUAUACGAUCCCAUAUCCCACUGAAUCCUCACAACCACCCCUCGAGACAGGCAAGAUUUUCAUUUAAAGGAUGAGGAAGCUCUGACUCAGAGAGGUUAAGGCACUCGCCUGCAGACACACAGCUUAAGUGGCAGAGCUGAGGCUCACCCCAUGCCUCUGAGGCUCCACUACCUCAUGCUGGGUUGGACAGUGCUACAGUGGGCAGUGGGAGCUGCUUGGAGGGCUAGACAGGCAGGGAGGAAAUGCUGAGCACACAGCACACAGCACACAGCCCUGGGGAGCUUUCUGAACCCGAGGGGCAUAAAUGCGUCUCAGAGAUUGUGAGAGGGUGGGCUGGAUCACUGGCUGCCAGGGGGCAGGGCCAUCAGGUCUGAGUCACUCCACUGUGACCUAACCGGCCUGGCCGAUACUGCAGGGCUGGGACAGGGCCCAGCGGGGCCGAGGAAUGUUGCCCUGAGCUCGGGCACCCUUCACUUCAUUCUGAGUACACACGGCUCUCCAGGAAGCCGAGAAGUGGUGCUUCCUUAAGGAAGCUUGAAAGUGCCGCCUGCUCAAGAUUCAGGCUACUCUCUCCCUCCUUGCUUUCUUCCCAGGGCUUCCCUGCACCUAGGGGAGGUGACAACAAAUUAGGUUUUCUGUUCUGGACUAGAAGUUUAUUUACUCAGGUGCUAGCUUGUUUACUCACCGGAGCAUGGCAUUUAUUCAUUCACUCAUUGACUUAUCCACCCAUUCACUCAUGGCUCACUGAUUCAUUCAUUCAUUCACUCACUCAUGCUCUCGCACAUUCAGGUACACAGCCAUUCACUAUUCCACGUAUCCAUCCAUCCAUCUAUCCAUCCAUCCAUCCAUCCAUCCAUCCAUCCAUCCUUUAUUAAGCACCUACCGUGUUGCCCACACAAAGCUCCUUAUGACUGUCAAUGUGCUUUUUCACCCACUUUCGCUGCUGGUUCAGCUUACGUAUUGGGAGGGAGGAUCUGUGCACUGAUGGGACCCCGGCUCUCAGCCUUCUGGUGGCAUGGUUCCAGACAUGGCUUGGGAAAAGUGGGCCCUUGGUUCUCUGCACAGCCUAGUCUGCACAUGGGAGCCAGUGACGGCCAGGGACUUGGGGCUCCUGAGGACCCUUUGUCCUGUGAUCUCCUCCCUAUCUGUUGAUGCUGGGCCGUGCAUCGUCCUGGGCACUGUGGCUCCAGUGGGGCAAUACUUCCAGGUAUUAGGCUUCAUUUCUUGCUUCCCCAAGGCCAGGGCAGACCAUGGUGACCCAUGGACUUGGGCCUCUCCUCCUGGGGCUGCUCUUCUUAGUGUGAAGGCAAAUCCGCUGCCCGGGAGUGUCACUGACACCCAGAGUUCUAGAGGCAGGCAGGGUGGGCCAGGCCAAGCUGGGGAUGACCAUGGCCUUCUGUCCUGGCCAGAGAGCAAGAGGAGGGACUCCUGGUGCGUAACGGAUAUGGGGAGUGAGAAGCAAGCCAGGGAAGCUGGCAGGAAUGUCCCUUACUUGUCCCUAAAUGCCCCACUUCUACAUCUUUGCAUAUGCUGAGCUCCGACUUCCUCACAUUCCAGGCAAAAUGUCAAUUCCCAGGGAGGCCCUUCUGGACCCCAACAUUCGGCCACUCCUGUUUACUUAGCAUCCUCCCUUAGCAUCCCCCUUUCCCCUACCCCAAGCCCUGCCCUGUAACACGCUCAACACACUCCUGUUUGCCUGCUUUCUUGUUUCCUGGCAAAUGUCAUCAUCCUCGGUUCACAGAGGAGGAACCCAAGGCUCAGAGAAGGCAAGUGACCUGCUCAAAGGCACAGAGGGAGUGGCCAGGCCAGGGUGAAGACCUCUGGGUCAUGGCUGCUUUUUUCUACCCACAUUAGCCCUAUACUUUAUUGAUUCAGUUUUAUUUAAAAUCAGAUAGCUGUAGGUAGUGACAACAACAGUAGGAGUAGUAUCUCAUGACGUUUUUAAAGGCGCCGUUCCCAUUUCACGGCACUGCAGGCAGGUGGGCAGGGCUCGUGUGUGUGUGUGUGUGUGUGUGUGUGUGUGUGUGUGUUUGUGUGUCUGCCUGCAGGUGGCCCUGGCUGAGCCAACCCCACGCAGGAGGGGGUUGGACAUUUGUCCCGGCGUGGGAGUGUCUGGGACUUGGGUGUGCCCCAGAGGCCCUGUAGCCUUCCUCCUGUGCUCAUUGCCGCUUGAAUCAGCCCCACGGCCGCAGCAGCGAGGCAGCUGACCCAGGAACCACGAAGGUGCCAGCCCAUGGCAGAGCCUGCCCUUCUCCCCACCGCCCAGAUGGAGCGGCUGGCCCCGUUCUCCCUGGCCUCACCGUGUCCUCGGAUCCCACGGGCCCGCAUCGCCAGGCGGCCAGGGCACUGUGCCCGGCGCUGGGUGGACCUGGGCUGCAGCUCUGGCCCCUCCCCAGGCCCAGUUAAUCAGCUUCCCCAGAAGAACCUCGUGCAAGCAGCAUGCCCGGCGGAGGGCUCCCACUCCCGGCUGUCCCCAGCGGAGAGCUCGUCCAUGGAUGGCUUUUGGACGGAGGUGGAGUGGAUCCAACAGAGGGAUGAGCUGAAAGAAGAGAACAGCAGUGGGAGCGAAGGCCGGCUCCCAGAGGAAGGAGACACUGAAUCCCAGUGGCUGCAGGACACAGGCCUGUCGGGCCUCCUUGGUGGCCUGGACUUGGACAGUCAUCACCAGGGGCUCCUGUCCAGCCUCACACAGACCCAGGUGGCCGCUGUGUGUCGCCGGCUGGAUAGCUAUGUCCGCUCAACCCGAAGACGACACAAGGCACCUGUCAGAGACGUCAGGGACGUCUUUGGGGUUUUCAAUUCAGGAGAAAUGACUUCAGAGAAUGGAGACUCAGGUAUGAAAUGGACUCAACUCAGUUCUGGGACUUCUACAUGUCCAGUGGCAGCAGAGCCCGAGGGGCCACAGGCGCAGGCUGGGAGGGAGGAAGCCUUCCACAUGGACUCUGCCUACUCGGAACAAGCUGCGUUGCUCCUGCAGAGGGGUGGGCCGUCCCCGGGAGGCCCCUGUGCCUGGAGCAAAGGGUCCCUGCCGAAGUUUAGGAUCCCCAAAGGCAGACUCGGCUUGACAAGGAUAGGAGACUUGUCCUUGCAGGACAUGGGGAAGAUCCCUUCGUUGGCCCUCAUCGAGCUGACAGCGCUCUGUGACAUCCUGGGCUUGGACCUGAAGAGGAGCAAGGCAGCCAAGCGCAAGGCCACAGAAACUCGCCUUUUCGGCGUGCCCCUCGAUGCCCUGCUCGAAGCUGACCGCAAAGCCCUCCCCAGCACCCAGGUCCCGCUGGUCCUUCAAGCCCUGCUGUCCUGUUUGGAGAAGAGAGGGCUGGACACGGAAGGCAUUCUCAGGGUGCCUGGGUCCCAGGCCAGGGUCAAGGGGCUGGAAAGAAAGCUGGAGAGGGAUUUCUACACUGGCGUUUUUAGCUGGGACGAGGUUCACCACAACGACGCGUCCGAUUUGCUCAAAAGGUUCAUCCGGGAGCUGCCGGCGCCUCUGCUCACUGCUGAGUACCUCCCGGCCUUCGCUGUGGUGCCCAACAUCCCCGACCUGAAACAGCGCCUGCAGGCCCUUCACCUGCUCAUCCUGAUCCUUCCGGAACCCAACAGAAACGCUCUGAAGGCUCUCCUGGAAUUCCUCAGAAAGGUGGUGGCCCGGGAGCAGAGCAACAAGAUGACGCUGUGGAACGUUUCCACAGUGAUGGCCCCCAAUCUCUUCCUCCACCGAGGGCGGCCCCCCAAACUCGCCAAGAGCAAGGAGAAGCAGCUGGCAGAGGGGGCAGCUGAGGUGGUGCGGAUGAUGGUGCACUACCAGGAUCUGCUCUGGACGGUCGCCUCUUUCUUGGUGGCCCAGGUGCGAAAACUGAACGACAGCAGUGGCCGGCGCCCCCAGCUCUGCGAUGGGGGCCUCACAACCUGGCUGCGAAGGAUACACGCAGACAAGGACAAGAUGGCUGACGGCCUCGAGGCGACUCCCAAAGUAGCAAAGAUCCAGGUGGCCUGGCCUAUCAAAGGUCCCCUGGAGGUGCCCCUGACCCCGGGCACCAGAGUGGCCCACGUCCUCAGGCAGUUCACAGAGCACCUCAGCGCCAGUUCCCAGGGUCAAGAGGGCAAUGAGGACACAGACAGCCUCCUCCCACGCCGCAGGUCCGUGAUGUCAGCCAACAUCCUCCUGUAUGAAGUUGGAGGGAAUAUCAGUGAGCAUCGCCUGGACCCAGACGCCUACCUCUUCGAUCUGUACCGCGCCAACCCGCAUGGCGAGUGGGUCGUUAAACCGAGUCCCACCUAAGCCCUAGGACUCUGAGGAGCAGCCCUGGAUGUCAUGUCCUUGCCCCCACGGACUCUGUGCCUGUGUACCCAGCGUGGGAGCACAGCUGUUCAAGGGGAAGGUCUCCGUCUUUCUCCAAGGCGUGUUCUCCUCUGAAAUGCCUCUCACAUCCUCCCUGCAGAACCUCGAACACAGAGCCCUCACUCCCUGCGUUCCCCAGCCCUCAGGCCAGCCGGCUCCUGCACCAUGCAGGACACCACGUGGGUCUCCAUAGAUUUUUGUCCGUGAUUCCAAGCCCUGAGGAGAAGAAAAAAAGCAGCACCUCUAUCAAGAGGCUAGUUCUGCACACACCCCCCCACCCCUCAAAAAACUGCUUUGAAAGUGGCCCUACAGCGUAUAGUGGGACAGUACUGGAGAUGAAGCUAGAAGAGCUCUGCAGCCUUGGGCAAGCCCCUUGCCCUCUCUGAGCCCCCUUGAGAGAUGAGAAGGUUGGGGCUCGGGGGGGGUGGUGGUUAAUGCUGUGGCCGUGAACAGCCCUGUGAGAACCAGAAAGACGGAGACUUCCCUUCACGGCUCUCAUGUUUUAAAUGUUGCUUUGUACAAUCUUGUCGUUUUGUAAUACGAUAUUUAAAUUCUGUUUGAACAUGAAAGGCACACGUUGAAUGUGACUUUUACUUCAUUCAAGUUCUGUUCUCCGGAACCCAGCUCUCAGUGGAUGUGGUCCUCCCGGGGAGUUAACAUGGGAGCCUGGCGAUGAGAACGUCCUCCUGUUUCUCAGUGUGGUCUGGCCACACCUGGAACCUGCAGCCAUCUGGAGGGGCCGGGAAGAGAACUCAGAAGAGGGAGGGGUGGAGUCAUGACAGUUGCUGCAGGGGGCGGGUGCUGCAGGGGCAGCUUCUCUGG